CGGCCCUGAGAUUCCCUCCAGCACUGGACUGAUCUAGAUCUCUGCCCCAGUACGCUUGGCAGGUAAAAGCACUGUACGCAUGCGCGCUAGGACUAGGGCUGUCUAAGAGCGGAGCAUCCCAUGACGUCACUCUUCCCGGCAGAGCGCUAGAGCCUGCACACGGAGUUUCUAGAAGCACCAGAAAUUUCUGCGGAUGAAUAGGGUAUUUAUUUGGCAAACAUUUUAAGCCACUUCUCUGUGCCUACUUCCAUCCCCUUUCCCAUCCAGCUACGCACAGAAGAAACGCCUUGAGGGUAGAGAGCACCUCGGUUAGCGCCCCUCACCCCCGCCGCCUAGUCCCUGCAGCAGGUGCUUUACCCAAAGCCCCUUUAAGCCGCGACUUGAACGAGCCGGUGCGCCUGCGCGUCAGCCAAAAGACUACAUUUCCCAAAAGCGACCAAAAAAAAAAAAAAGAAUCUCAGGUUCGGACGGAUGCCAGCAAGGGUCACGCUAGCUCUGAGCAGGCGCAUUUGGGGAGAUGUCUAUGUUGAAUCGUUUCCCCUACUUGAGUAGGAUGUUGAGGAGACAUGUUCGCCACGUGGAAUUUACUGACAUUCCAAGAUGUUGCUGUGGAAUUCACCCAGGAAGAAUGGAACUAUUUGGAUCCUGGCCAGAAGGAAAUGUACAGGGACGUGAUGCUGGAGAAUUAUGAGAACUUUGUCUCUCUUGGGCUUCCAGUAACUAAACCAGCUGUGAUUUCUCAUCUGGAGAGACGUGAAGCCCCCUGGCUAUCAAGGGAAGAAAACCCCAGAUGCAUUUCUGAGGAUUCCCCUGUUGAGAAAAGAGAAUAUGAAACCAAGGAGUCAACUCCACAGCAAUGUAUUGCUGCCAGAGAGCCAAUCAGAGAGAGACUCCUAAGGGAUGAUUUCUGCAGAUAUAAAUUGGGAGAAGCUUGGAAUUAUGACACUGGAUUAGAAAAGCAGAUAAACAACCUGGAAAGACAAUCCAUGAAGCCAAUAGUUGAAUGCAGCAGAAUUUCCAGGCUUUGUAAAUUUAGUAAAUACUGGAAGUUUUUCAGUAACCUCUCAAAACUUAGUCAUUCCCAUAGAGUGUGUUCUCAAGGAGAACCAAAUAGAAUUAAUGAAUGUGAUAAAACCUUCCACAUCAAUUCAAGCCUUAAUGUACAUGGAGUAAUUAAGGCUGGAGUGAAAUCUCCUACAUUUGGUGAAUGUGGUAAGGCUUCCAGCUACAAUUCAGACCUAGCUGUUCAUCAGAAAAAUCUCAAGGAAAAAAAGCCUAUUGAACAAUGUAAUACAGGUCAGAAAACUUUUAGCCUGAAGGGAUGUAUUUGUCAACAUAAGGGAAUUCCUAGUGGAGGGAAAUCCUAUAAAUGUAAUGAAUGUGGGAAGGGAAUUCCUAGUGGAGGGAAAUCCUAUAAAUGUAAUGAAUGUGGGAAGGGAUUCAGCCUUAUAGGACCCUUAAAUAGACACAAGAAAAUUCAUACUGAAGUGAAACUCUAUAAAUGUAAUGAAUGUGGAAGAAGUUAUAAGGACAAAGCAUCCUUUAGUAGACAUGAGCGAAUUCAUACUGCAGAGAAACCUUAUAAAUGUAAUGAAUGUGGAAAAGCUUUUAGGGACAAAGCAUCCCUCAGUAGACAUGAGAAAAUUCAUAGUGGAGAGAAACCCUAUAAAUGUAAUGAAUGUGGAAAAGCCUUUAGGUUUAAGAGAGGCCUUGUUGUACAUGGAGCAACACAUACUGGGGAAAAGCCCUAUAAAUGUAAUGAAUGUGGAAAAGCCUUCAAACUUCAGGGAACCCUUCAUGUACAUAAGAGAAUUCAUACUGCAGUGAAACCCUAUAAAUGUAAUGAAUGUGGAAAAGCCUUUAGAUUUAAGAGAGGCCUUGAUGUACAUGAGGCAAAUCAUUCAGGGGAGAGGCCCUACAAAUGUAAUGAAUGUGAGAAAGCCUUCAGCCAUAAGGAUCUUCUUAAUAAGCAUAUGAAAAUUCAUACUGGAGAGAAACUGUAUAAAUGUGUUAAAUGUAGAAAAACCUUCAGGUGUAAAGAAGGCAUUGAUGUACAUGAGGCAGUUCAUAUUGGGCAAGAGCCCUAUAAAUGUAAUGAAUGUGAAAAAGCCUUUUGGCAGAAGGGAAGCCUUAAUAGACAUAAAAAAAUUCAUACUGAAAAGAAACCUUAUAAAUGUAAUGAAUGUGGAAAAGCCUUUAGGGAGAAUGGAGGCCUUAAUAGACAUAUGAAAAUUCAUAGUGUAGUGAAACCUUAUAAAUGUAAUGAAUGUGAAAAAGCCUUCAAGUAUAGGGGACAUCUUAAGAGACAUAAGAAAACUCAUAUUGAUGUUCAACUCUAUAUAUGCAAUGAAUGUGGAAAAGCCUUCAAACGUAAGGGGAACCUUCAUUUCCAUAAACGAUUUCAUAUUGGACAGAAACCCUAAAAAUGCCAGCAAUAUGGAAAACCUUUUAACUCGUUUAGAAACUUUAAAAAAGAAAUUCAUACUAGAGGGAAAUCCUUUGACUAUACCGAUGUAAACAGGAUAUAGCUGAAAUUUAACCUUUGCAAAAUAGAAACUAAGAACCUCUUUGAAUGUAAGAAAUUGAGAAAACUUUCUUGUACAGCUCAGGUUUAAGGUUCAAACCUAAAGAAACAUCAGAUAAUUCUUACUGGUGAUAAAUGUAAAUGUAAAUAAUGUGAGAAAGCUUUCAACCAGCAAGAACACUUAACAGAUCUAGUAGAACCCAUACUGGGUAUGCACUUUUUUCAGUACUAUUUAUUUUAUAUGAAAAUAGCUUCAUGGGCUCAAGCAGAUAUAACACAUUAGGCAGUCAUAUUGACUGAGCAGUUGGGUUUGGGCUAGUAAUCUUUCUUAACUGGGGGACAUGAAGGAGAUGGGGGGCACAGUGUAGGGUCGAGUGGCUUGAGAUGUUGACAUUUCUGGCCUAAGGUUAUUUAAAGAUGCCAACUAGACAAUUUCAGAGAUUGGACUUUUAUGAAUUUCAAAGCCAAGUAAAUUCCAGCUUCACAUCAUUCUAUGCAAACAAGACAGAAUCAACUUGUUUCAUCCUGGUAAUGGGGACCAAAUAAGUACACAUGAUAAAUAUUAGCAACUACUAUUAUCUCAGUCUGAAUAUCUUAAUGUUUUCCUCUUCCCCCUCCUCCCUUACUCUCCCCAGUAUUUCUUAUUCCCUCAUUUUUUGGUACCUCUCUCCCUAAAUCAUUUCCUCAUUCUUUUGGGUUUAUCCUGUGGCUUCUCUUGAAUGUUACAUAUCCUGCCUAAUAGAAUGUGAACUCACUGGAGGCAGGACCUGUCUCACUUUCAUAUCAGCACCAAGCAUAGUUCCUGCUACAUAGUUUUUAAUAAAUGCAUACUGAUGUUUUGACUUUUAUUUUUGUUUUAACUCUGUGUUGUGUUUCUAGACUUUCUUCCUAAUGCAUUUCAUAUUAUAUUUGGCCAUCCUAGUGAGCUCUGAUGAUACAAGAUCACAAUACCUCAUAGUUAGAAGGGAUUUCAGCAUAUAUCCCAUUUGCAACAUAACUAGCAAGUGGUCAACAGCCUUAAAGAUCUGUAUUUAUUGUUCAAACAUUUUUGACUCUUAAUAACAUCAUUUGGAGUGUUUUU